CGAGAUUCAUUGCGUCGACGAUGCAGCAGAUUCGAUCCAGGCUUCAAAAGCGCCUCAAAUGGUCAAGAUCGACAACUUCCAGGUUUUGGGGCUUGCACCCGAGGAUGCUGAUUUCUACACCAACUAUCCAGAAGAAAAGAGAAAGAGAGUACUUCGCAAGGUUGACAUUCGUCUCGUGCCCAUGUUGGCAGUCCUCUACCUCAUAUCUCACAUAGAUCGAGCGAAUAUUGGCAAUGCGAAAAUUGAAGGAAUGGUUAGCGAUCUUGGAUUGAAUGGCGUUGAAUGGAACGUCGUUCUUUCGGUCUUCUUCGUACCCUACAUCUUACUCGAGGUUCCGUCGAACAUGUUGCUAAAAAAGUUCAAACGACCAUCAUACUACCUUGGUAUCCUCAUUAUCAGCUGGGGCAUCAUUAUGACAAUGAUGGGUGUGGUGAAGAACUUUGCCGGCCUAUUGAUAACCAGGAUUCUUCUUGGUGUAUUCGAAGCUGGUUUCUUUCCAGGCGCGGUUUACCUCUGCUCCUACUGGUAUAUGCCGAAACACCUUGCUACGAGAAUCUCAUACUUUUAUUGCGCGUCGGCACUGUCUGGGGCCUUUAGUGGUCUACUUGCGGCAGCCAUUGCCAAGAUGGAUGGCGUUGGAGGAUACGAAGGGUAAGUGGUUUCGAACUAACUUUGCCCCUCGUCGAUGAGUUGAUAGUUGUCAUCCCGUACAGUAUACGGCCAUAUGUUUCUAUCCUUUAAACAUGCUAAUCCAGCUUCGUAAUUAGUUGGCGAUGGAUUUUCCUGCUCGAGGGCAUCGCCACCGUUGGCCUCG